CGCAGUUGGCUUUGCUUUAAAUUUUUAGUCGUAAAUAGCCCCCCUCAAAUACCUAAAAAUUAUAAAAAAAAUAUCACUUGAUUUUAUGAUUUUAAAUCCCCCAAUGGACGGCGAUCAAAGCUGCAGUGAUCGCAAUUCGGAAUAUAGUCUUGGCCGCCGCAAUGGCGUUCAUUAUGCCACAAUUGCGGAGUUCCUGGCGAGCCUCAAUGUCAAUGACACCACCUUGGGAUCGGUUCAGGGUCUCAAGACGCUCAGCCUAGAGGAUUACCUGAAAAUCAUGCGAGGAGCCGACCAGGAGCAGGGCGAUGGGGACAUCACUCUCGAGGCCAGAAAGAUGGAAAGCAAGUUGAUCCAGGAAACCCACAGGCAAAGGCAGUCGGACCCAAAGAACCCCAACAAAUCCAAUCUAAUAUCCCAGUACACCGAACAGAUUUGGAUAUAGCACAGGCACUCCGCCUUAAAUUAUAGUGAUUUUUCUCUGCGUGCAUGAGGCAGCGGCUUUGAUCUGUCACCGCUCGCCAAUCGAAUCACGGCAGACGCGAGCGGCGGGAGAUAAAAUUAUUGAAAUUACAUUGGCAAGACGCCGUCGAUCGGGCAGAGGGCCAUCCUGGGGACGUCGGGGUGUCCGAGGGCAGGC